AAAGGAGACUUAUCUUUAUUAUUAUUUUUGUUAUAUUUGUUCUUGUUUUCCAUGUUUUGAUUUGCAAGUUUUAAAUAAAUCUAGUCUUACUAUCAAAAUAAAAAAAAAUGAAAGAAACAAAAAAGAGUCAUAUCAGAUUAUCAGAUUGCUUUUGCGCAUUAGGCUGCAGUGACGUGAAUAAAAUCAGUUGGGCCGCAAAUGAUGAGAGCAGAACAGCUUGAGGACGCCCUCUAGUGUCAACUAAGCAACCAUGUCUAGUCGAACUACAAUUCCCAGGUUGAAGGACAUCCGUUCGCUUGUAUUACGUCACGGACAGCUCCCCGGAUGCGGCUAUGACUGAAUAUACAAGGCAAAAAAAGAUCGAAAGCUAAGUGGCGGUGCUGCAGCCCUAGUGGUCGUUGGCAGGAUGCAGACCAUUAAGUGUGUGGUUGUGGGUGACGGGGCAGUUGGUAAAACCUGCUUACUCAUCUCUUACACAACCAAUGCCUUCCCAGAAGAGUACAUUCCAACAGUGUUUGACAAUUACAGCGCUCAGAUGAGCGUGGACGGCCGCACCGUAAGCCUCAACCUAUGGGACACAGCGGGCCAGGAGGAGUACGACCGGCUGCGCACGCUGUCCUAUCCCCAGACCAACGUUUUCAUCAUUUGCUUCUCCAUUAGCAGCCCAUCCUCCCACGCAAAUGUUAGGCACAAGUGGCACCCCGAGGUGUCCCACCACUGCCCCAAUGUGCCUAUUCUGCUGGUGGGCACAAAGAAAGACCUUAGAGGGGAUACAGAAACGGUUAAGAAGCUAAAGGAACAGGGUCUGGCCCCCACCACCCACCAACAGGGCAAUGCCCUAGCCAAGCAGAUCGGAGCUGUAAAGUACAUGGAGUGCUCUGCAUUGCAGCAGGAUGGCGUCAGGGAUGUGUUUGCUGAAGCCGUCAGGGCAUUUUUGUAUCCAGUCACGAAAAAGAAUCCCAAGAAGUGUGUGCUCUUGUAAGAACUGCUUCCCAAGUUUGGACUAUAGAGAAGGAGGAUGGAGAUCCACUCAUGCAGAGGACGGCUGAAGAGAAAAGGUCAGGCAUCGGCUUGGCCCCACACCACUGUUAGUUUUAAAUUCAACCUGUCACGUCUGCUACGGCAUCUCACCAACUUGCAACAAGGACAGCAAACCAUAUCUCUUUAAUUUGUCUGUAUUUUUAACAUUUGAUAUUUACACAACUCCAAUUUUACACCUGUUCUUCAUUCAUAGCUCCUCUGCUUUGCCUUAAUAAAUGCUGAUAGCAGUUGCUACGAAGCCAUAACAUCCAAAACAGCCGACCCAGCAAGCUUCCCUGUCUGACUGGAGAGAGGAGAUCUACCUUUGUUCAGGUGGAGAGCUAAUGACUACCUCAUAUUCUCACCAAGAUUGCAUCUCAUGACUCUCAAGCCAAAUUAACACCAGGAUGCCUCGACUUGCCAAGUUAAGCAUGCCCAAGUAGGGUUGGAAGACGGAAUGAAUUUCAAGGAAGUUUGGUCUGAUUACAAAGUGAUGGCUCCAGGUUUCGAUCGCAGCAGUUCCACCGGUUGUGUGUUUAGUGCUGUCUGAAAGCCCCACCCAUUAGAAGCAGCACAUCAUUUGCCCUCUGAGGUUUUUGUGGCCUUCCCUAAUAGUUCAGAAGUGACACAGGAUUCCUCAGACUCGCAGUGUCAUGAAGCCAGACUGUAACACAACUCCUCCUGUUUUCAUCUGAACUCAAACCGAGUGCCAUUAAAACACGCCUAAGAUUUUUCUCUUUGAUGGGGAUGAGGUAAAGGAGGCUAUUUAGUCUAAAAGUGAAUUUACUCUGUAAAUGAUUUUUUUUAAUCCUGAAAUGUUUUAACUUACACUUGUAAUGGCCAAAGUUGAAUAUAUUUUUUGUAAUAGUUUAUCUGUAAAAUGUAUGUGUGCUGUCGUUGAUUAUCACCUAUGAUGAACUAGAACGUCAUGUUCCUAUUGUCAGUUGUCUUAAGGUCUAUGAAGACCUGCAGGAUCGAGUUGUAGUGCCUAAUACCACAGUAUGUUUCAAUAUGUGCUUUUUCUUGCUUAAUUUUACCGGUUAGUUGACUGUUGUUUCAACGCAGUGUCGUAGCAGCAUCAUUAAGCACAAACGUGUGUAGAACGCCUUUCAUUUGGUCUGAUGGAUUAUCUAAACCAAAGACCCGUAAGUGCUCCUGUGUCGAACCCAAAGGUUUUUUACCACUGUGCUUUAAGCACCGCGAAGAAUUUUGAAUUCAGAUCCGACCAACUUCAAUUUAUUUUUGUAAUUUCUUCUCUUGACAUUUCCUGCCAGUAAAUGCUCUCAGCUCAAAGCCUUUUGUGUGUGUGUGUGAAGCGCAGGUGCUAAACUGACAUCUUGCCUGACAAGACUGUGUGCAUUUGCAAACCUCGCAGGGCCACGGCUCUGCGCAGAUUGUGGUUUACAUCUCAAGCCUUGCAGUUUUGCAGCGGAGGCAAAGCACAAGUGCAGCAAAAACAGUGUAGGUUGUGCCUCGUCAUUUCAGUUGUCUCUUUUUUAAGUUUUGGAAUAAUGAACGGUUUCUCGUGCCUGCUUACAGUUACCAGCAAUAAUGACACCCGUCUGUCCUGAUCAUUUCUGCUGCACUCUCAUGUGUGGCUACUAAACCUGUGUCGUAGCCUAGAAUAAAUGAAGGGAGAACACACACCUGUGGGCUCUGCCUCCUGGAGCUGUAUGCUACCAUGUGCAUGGUACUACGCUUUUACACUGGGAACUUGAUAUGUAGAAAUCUGUAAUUGUUUUAUAAAUAACAAAAAGCCUAUUUGUAUAAAUGAACUAACAGAUGAUUUUAAAUUAUACCAAAUAAAAUGGUUCAUUUGACUACU